AUGCCCAGCGACGGGCCGAAGCACGGCGCCUGGGACGACGAGGCCCACAUGGGCGGCAACAUGUUCGCCGGCGGCAGCGGCGGCAGCGGCACGGCGGGCCUCGGCGGCCGCGGCGGGCCCUACCGCCUCGACGUCGGCCAGCAGCUCGGCCACAUGACGCAGCAGGAGAAGGACGCCGUCGACGACGCGAGCCUCGCGGCGGCCAAGGACAUGGCGACGAAGGCCCACGCGAAGAAGCUCGAGGAGCUGGGCUUCGGCCCCGCCGAGGCGUCGGCCUACGAGGCCGCGCGCGACGCCGUGCUCCUGGGCGCCACGGAGCUCCGGGCCGCGCUGCUGGACCGGGAGAAGCGCGACCGGGAGCGCGUCUGGAAGACGCGGCAGACCGUCGGCGAGCUCGACGACAACCUGCUCGUGGACGGCGUCGCCGGCGAACGCGGGGUCUACCGCCGCCGCGUCGCGCCCGACGGCGCCGACGACGACGACGACGCGGACCGGCCCGCGCCGACGUCGAAGCACGGCGAGACGCGGGACCCGAUCCGCCUCCGCUUCGUCUUCGACUGCUCGGGCUCCAUGUACACCUUCAACCGCAUCGACCGGCGCCUCGAGCGCCUCCAGCAGAUCGCGCUUUUCGUCUUCGAGGCGCUCGACGGCCUCGACGACGACUACGACUAUUCGGUGGUGGCGCACUCGGGCAACGGCCCCGAGGCCGAGCUCUUCGUGCCCUGGGGGCCGGGCGGGAAGCCCAAGAGUCCCAAGGAGCGCUGGGCCGUCUGCCAGCGCAUGGCGGCCCACGCCCAGUACUGCUCGCCGGGCGACCACACGCGCGUGCCCGUGCUCGACGGCACCGCGGCCGCGAUCCGCGACGUCGCCAAGGGCCGCGCCGACGAGCGCUUCGUCUUCCUCAUCUCCGACGCGGACCUGAAGCGCUACGGCAUCGACGCCGCCAACUGGAACGCCAUCAUCAUGAAGGACCCGAAGGUCCAGGCCUUCGUGCUGCUCAUCUCGUCCAACGACGACGAGGCCGCGGAGAUCCAGGCCAAGAUCCACCCGGGCCGCGCCGUGACCUGCUUCGACACGGCGAACCUCCCGACGGCCUUCAAGGAGAUCUUCGCGGCGCGGGUCUUGAAGCUGAGUUAA